AUUUCUUUUCUCCCACUAGUAUAUAAGCCAGUAGACUAACAUUCAGAAGGCACAGUUCUGUUCCAACUUCCAAAGCAACAACAUGAAGGUUUUAAUUCUCGCUGCACUGGUCGCCGUUGUCGCUUCUCAAGCGUACCCUAAGCCGCAAUACCCAAAGCCCACUUACCCCCAACCAUCAUACCCAAAGCCCGCUUACCCCGAGCCAGCAUACCCUAAACCAGCGUACCCAUCUCCAGCUUACGCCAAGACCCCCGAAUACGCCCCGAUGCCCUACAACUUUGACUGGGCCGUUAAGGACGAUCCUUCCUACAAUGACUACGCUCACCAAGAGACCGCUGACGACAAGGGUUACGUCACCGGCUCUUACCGCGUCCUUCUUCCCGACGGCCGCACUCAAGUCGUCAACUACAAGGCCGAUGAUUACACUGGUUACGUUGCCGAUGUUAAAUUCGAGGGUGAAGCCAAGGAGUACAAGCCCGCCUACAAGCCAGCAUACCCAAGCCCCGCUUACCCAAGCCCCGCUUACCCAAGCCCAGCAUACCCAAGCCCAGCAUACCCAAGCCCAGCAUACCCAGCUCCUAAAUACCCAACCAAAUAUUAAGUCAUUUUGAUUGGUUUCAAUAAUGUAUACCGUUUUUUACUAAAUUUUAUCUCGAAUGCAAUACAACUCUAUCGUCAGUAAGACAAAUUUGCGCAAA